CACGCAGCAGCAGCGAUAUGGCUGAUCAUCACCAGACGGGACGUUGCUGUUUAUAAGCGAAAGUAAAGGCAAAUAAUGCGUAAUUACGGGUCAGCGACGCACUUACUCGGGCGACAGGACGCCGCGUAACGCAGGGAUAAGACUCAACCUGACGGGUUAAAGGCAAUCUGGUGUGUUUUACAGCAAAGUAGUUGGAGGAACUUGUCGCAGUGGAUUCAUCCCAGCGUGCUGGCCGGAUUACCACACACAAGUGGAACAAUAGUCUCCUGCAGCAGGAACACGAGCAGGCCUUUGGGCCCCGGUGGUGCUGUUGAGAAGAUGGACAGGAUGAAGAUAAUCAAGCGGAGGCUGUCCAUGUCUCUACGCAGCGCUCGGCCUGUCGAUGACUCCCUGUCCGAACUGGCUGAACAGAUGGCCUUGGAUGAGCCGUCUGCAGCCAGGGACAAUGGUGAGACACGUGAACAAGUGCAGCCACACACAGAGCCCGUGGUGGUGUGCGCCGUGCACCCUCCCGCCUCACACAGUGCUCCCUCCUUCCUGCGUCAAUAUGCCGGUCAUCUGGGCCGCACCGCCCUGCGCAGAGAGCCGGGUGGGGGGCUGGAAAGAGACAGAGCCUACCUGAGCCUGCACAGGACUGGAUCUCUGGGUAUCGUCCAUGAGAAUGUGAAGAUGGGUUCAGAUGGGGAGAGCGACCAGGCAUCUGGGACGUCUUCUGAUGAGGUCCAGAGUCCAGUCAGGGUCCGCAUGAGGAACAACCACCAUCGACGCAUCUCUAAUGAGGACAUAAACAAGCGUUUGUCUCUCCCAGCUGAUAUCAGGCUACCGGAGGGCUACUUGGAGAAGUUCGCCAUGAACAGCCCGCCCUUUGACAAGCCCAUGAGCCGCAGGCUACGGCGUGCUUCACUGUCUGAAAUCGGCUUUGGGAAACUUGAGACCUACAUCAAACUCGACAAAUUAGGGGAGGGGACUUAUGCUACAGUGUUCAAGGGGCGAAGCAAGUUAACCGACAACUUAGUCGCUUUAAAAGAGAUCCGACUGGAGCACGAGGAGGGUGCGCCCUGCACAGCUAUCCGAGAAGUGUCUCUCCUAAAAGACUUGAAGCACGCGAAUAUUGUCACACUCCAUGACAUUAUUCACACUGACAAGUGCCUGACACUCGUGUUUGAGUACCUGGAAAAAGAUCUGAAGCAGUACAUGGAUGACUGUGGGAGCAUCAUGAGUGUUCACAAUGUCAAGAUAUUCCUAUUCCAGCUGUUACGAGGCCUGGCGUACUGCCACAGAAGGAAGGUCCUUCACAGAGACCUCAAACCCCAGAACCUGCUCAUCAAUGAAAAAGGAGAGCUCAAACUGGCAGACUUUGGUUUGGCACGAGCCAAGUCUGUUCCUACAAAGACCUACUCUAAUGAAGUAGUGACACUAUGGUACCGACCGCCAGAUGUGCUUCUAGGUUCCACUGAGUACUCUACACCCAUUGAUAUGUGGGGUGUGGGCUGCAUUUUUUAUGAAAUGAUCACUGGCAGACCUCUCUUCCCUGGAUCGACUGUGGAGGACGAGCUUCACCUCAUAUUCCGCAUCCUUGGUACUCCUACAGAAGAGACUUGGCCUGGUAUCACCACCAGUGAAGAGUUUAAGACGUACAAUUUCCCCCGAUACCAAGCGGAGCCCCUUGUCAAUCACGCACCCAGGAUAGACAGUGAUGGCCAUGACUUGCUCUCAGUACUUCUACAGUUUGAGGCGAAGAAGCGAGUAUCAGCUGAGGAUGCUCUCAGACAAUCGUAUUUCAAAAGCCUCGGGGAGCAGGUUCAAACGCUGGCAGACACUGCAUCCAUCUUCUCUGUAAAAGGCAUUCAGCUCCAGAGAGAUCCAGGGAAGAGAUCCUCAGUCUAUCCAGAGUCGACGAUGGCCCAUAAGCUAGGCUCUGCACCCUCGCAGUACUUCCAGAGAGAAGCAGCCAAUCCCAGGGCUCAGAGUCACAAUCUCUCCUCCACUUCCACUGGCUGAGUGGCCCCUACCGUUCUGCCCAGGGGAAGAGCAGGAGGCAGAGUGUGUUGUUUUAGUGCUGGCGGGGGCGCUGAGGUGAGGAGGACAGUGACACGUGGAGCUGUCCUGUCAGACAUACAUUCACUGACCCUGCCACGCACACACUGAAGGAGCGACACACACCCUGCCACAUAGAAACACACACACACACACACACACACACACACACACACACACACCCUGAAGAAGACAACACACGCACACAUCAACAAAAAACAAAACCACACAGAACUAAGGCUGAAGAAUUCAUACAUAACUUAAAAAAAAGACUCAGCUCAACCCUAAAGAUAGAAAAAAAAAACUUCAAAUGAAAGAAGCGCUGGAAGAAAAGUGGGAGAGGACAAGACUCUCCUUGCUGCUACUAUCGCUGCUGUCCAGAAGAGGGCAGCGUUUAGGACUGGCGCUGACUCAGUCUUUGAACUGAACUUGCUGUAUCAGUGAGCUGUGAGGAAGAAGGAGUGAAAGGUGGACACUAUUCGAAGAAAGAGAAGAAACCCGUCACUUUCUCUUGUGCUUUCCUUUUCUUUGGGUUUGGAUUAUUGUUGUACAUAAAGAGACUGAACUGUAGACCUCUGCUUUUUCAUAACACGCUUCAGCCUGAAUCCAAACUCUGAAUAUUGCACCUCAACCCUAAAACCCUCGCUUAACCUCUUUGCCCUUUAUUACACGAUCUUUCAAACAACUCUCUCUCUCUCUCUCUCUCUUUUCUCUCUCAUCCUCUGUCACACACACACACACACACACACACACACACACACACACACACUGAUGGCUCACUUGAAAGUUAAGUGUGUAGAUCAAUGGAGUUUACAGAGAUAAACUUUAGCACCUUAUUGUCCAGUAGAGGUCAGGGUGGCUGUCAUUACCUCAUCAGUCACUCAAGCAGAGUAGGAUGUAAAGUACUUUCUAGACAGUAGAAUGAAGAAGAAUCAAAAUAACAAGCCAAAAAAGAGAGACAACAACUCACUAACCAUAGGACAGACAUAUUUACCUUCACUGACGGAACUGGACACUUCACGACACCGCAAUGAAAAACACCAACAAACCAGUGGUAGACAACUGCAUUCGUCACAUGCUCACAUGCUGUAAAGAACGCAACGCUGCAAGACGUUCCCGUUUCAGCACACGAGAAGGGCGACCUGUAAGGACAGAGGGGUAAAGGAAGUGUACAAAUCCUCACCUGCUUAUUCUCAGACACCCCCUUCCUCUUUUGCCUUGACUCAGAAGUUGUCUUGAUUUGUCGUGUGGUGUGCAGGUGUCGAUGUUGAACUGUUCUCUUUGCACCUGACUUUUUACCUCUUUAGAUCAUGAGUAGAACAUUCAGCAACCCCAAACCUCUCCCGCCUAACUCCACAUGCAUUUAUUUUUAACUCCUUUUUUUCCAAUCUGAAUAUGUGAUCAUACUUUUUACUUGUCAGAAGCAAUGAUAAUUCCAGGAUGCUGUUCUCAGUCUUUACCGUGUUCCCACUGGAACAGUGUGGCGACUGGCUGGGGACGUGUUGCACAUUCCUUAAGCUCAGGACUUAUUGCUAGUGUCGUUUUGUGGAUGCUGUGAGGUGCAGCCGGCCUUGUACGUCUCCUCAGUAGAGCAGGGCACGUCGAGCACGGCCUGAAACUCCUUGCAAAACUGAUAUGUGAAGAAGAAGAAGAAGAAUCAUUUCUCAGCAUCACCCUGUCAGUCUUGUGUGUCCUCCAUCCUCUGUUCAUUUGACCGUAAUAUUGCUGUUCAGUGACUACCUUACCCAUGUCUUUACCUGUCAUCUCUUCAAGCAUGUUUGUGUAUUAAGACACAGCUGUUUUCAGUUGGUAUGUGAAAUAGCUGCUGCUGGAAAAGGAAUACCUCCAGUUGGUUUAAAUCUUGCAUGGGACAUGUUUGCACCAAACACCACAUCAGUCUGUAAUGGCUCCUCAGCGAGUCUGGAGACCUUAAAGAAGAUGACGACAACACCGUAUUCAGCAGAAAUGUGAUGCGCUGCCGGCAUUGGGACCAGAUCGUUUGUAUGACAAAUCUGACUCAACUUCACGCUGUAUAAUACAGUUACAACUGUUACGUAGCCUGUGUAAGUGGGUGCUAACAUUUAGCGGGACUCGAGCGCUCAGACACACUGUUGUUUCCUGCUGUCAUUGUUGCUGCCAGAAACAACAGGACCAAAGUCAGUCCUGCAGGCGCCUGGUGUUCAAGCACACAACUGUUCCACACACCAAUCAGUUGACAUGUCAACAUGUACUGUAUCCAUGAGAUGACCUGUGAGUGUAGAUUGGAUUUUCCUGCUCCUCAGGCACCGACCUCGGGUGACUUCUCCAUGUUUUUCUGAAAAGGAUUCAGAAAGGGUGAAGCUGUCCCUCGUCCGUGUCUGUCAGAAGGACUACUUAUUUACCCAGAGUGUGACAGGAUGUAGCAUGUACAUAGAUGAUCCCUCACUCUGUAUAUACAAAAGUGUACAGGUUUGAUACAGCUAUUCACAC